AUGCCGCAAGUUCGUGCCAAGAAAGGUGUUGGUGCUCUUUGUCCACUGCCCCAGCCGCUCUCCUUCGCCUCCGGCGGCUACGACCACUCCGUCUACAUUCACCAACUCGACCAUUCCCUCACCUCCACCCCACGCCUCCUCUCCGCCCUCAAGCACAACUCCGUCGUCCAGGCGCUCCUCCCCCUUCACGACAAAAGUUCCAAGCUCGUCACCGCCGGCGCGGACUCGGUUGUCAACGUCUACGACAUGCCCUCCGAGCGCGUUGUCAACACGUUCAAGACGUCGGUCUCUGUGUAUCAUCUACACCAGACGUGCUUCCCGUCGUGUGCGUUGUUAGAGGUCGGGCAUCUGGAGCAGCAGUGCGAGAUUAGGGAUUUGAGGAGGGUUCCGGAGCGGCCUGUGGUGCGCUUUGGGUACACGACGGGCGAGCCGCAUGGGAGGUAUAUGAAGGGCAGUACGCAUGAAUACCUCUUCGCUGGGGGCGAUCCAAGGGGUAACGUGCGUCUUUGGGAUGUGCGGAAGCCUACGAAGCCCUUGUCGGUGGUUGAAGGACUGCCGGGACAGAAGAUCAACCAGGUCUCCUUCAGAACCUCCUCUCAGUUAAUCGUUUGCUCAGAAGCCAACUAUAUUCGUAUCUUGGACCUCCAAUAA